CACCAACCAGGGCCCUUUUCAAGCUCACACCUACGCCAGAGCACUGCGAUUCCACACCCGUGGCCAACAUGUCGGCCCAAUCGCUGGAGCACCUCUCCGGAGGCAGUGCAAAGAACUCGAGGACUCUACUGAGAGUUGUCAUUCUCGGUUUUAUCGCCGCUGCGGCCGUUGCCAGUCGGCUUUUCUCCGUCAUUCGUUUUGAGAGUAUUAUUCACGAAUUCGAUCCUUGGUUCAACUACCGCGCCACGAAGUAUCUUGUUGCCAAUGGCUUCUAUAAGUUCUGGGAUUGGUUUGACGACCGAACAUGGCAUCCUCUUGGUCGGGUUACCGGAGGAACUCUCUAUCCUGGUCUGAUGGUUACCAGCGGUGUCAUCUACCACGCCCUUCGAGCUCUCGCCCUCCCCAUCGACAUCCGGAACAUUUGCGUUCUUCUCGCACCUGCCUUUUCGGGUCUGACCGCGAUCGCCACUUACCUCCUCACCAAUGAGAUGACCACGUCCCCCUCGGCCGGCCUCCUGGCUGCGGCGUUCAUGGGAAUCGCUCCUGGUUACAUUUCCCGGUCCGUCGCCGGCAGCUACGACAACGAGGCCAUUGCCAUUUUCCUGCUCGUGUUCACCUUCUACCUCUGGGUGAAGGCGCUGAAGCUGGGCUCGAUGCUCUACGGAGGACUUUGCGCCCUCUUCUACGGCUACAUGGUGGCCUCGUGGGGUGGCUAUGCCUUCAUCACCUGCAUGCUGCCUCUGCAUUCCCUGGUUCUGGUUUGCAUGGGCCGAUACAGCACCAGGCUCUACGUCAGCUACACGACAUGGUACGCGUUGGGUACUUUGGCUAGUAUGCAAAUUCCCUUCGUCGGCUUCCUGCCUAUUAAGACUAGCGAGCAUAUGCCGGCACUAGGGAUGUUUGGCUUCCUGCAGCUGCUGGCCUUCAUCGACUACGUUCGAGGGGCCGUUUCCGGUCGCCAGUUCCAGACCUUCCUUUAUACAAUUGUCGCCGCGGGCUUCGGCGUCGGUCUCGGCGGUGUGGUGUUCCUCACCUACAUGGGCUACAUCGCCCCCUGGGGUGGGCGCUUCUACUCCCUGUGGGAUACUGGCUACGCCAAGAUCCACAUCCCCAUCAUCGCCUCGGUUUCGGAGCACCAGCCGACCGCCUGGCCCGCAUUCUUCUUCGACCUGAACAUGCUCAUUUGGCUUUUCCCUGCCGGCGUCUAUCUUUGCUUCCAGGAACUCCGGGAUGAGCACGUCUUUAUCAUCAUCUACGCCCUGCUCGGCAGCUACUUUGCCGGCGUCAUGGUUCGUCUGAUGCUCACGCUCACGCCGGUUGUGUGCGUCACGGCGGCCAUUGCUUGCUCGCAGAUCCUCGACACCUAUCUCCAACGCGAGUCCCCCAACGCGGCGGAUUUCGAGAACCAGGAGACCGAUGGUGCCGAUGCCGCUGCCGCCACCGCGAAGAAGGCGGCGAAAUCGGGUGGGCUCAGGGCGACGAGGUCCCCUUACGUUGGCAUCUACAGCCUGUUGACGAAGGGCCUCGUGGUGGGGAGCAUGUGCGUGUACCUGCUCCUGUUCGUGUACCACUGCACCUGGGUCACGUCCAACGCGUACUCGUCUCCGUCGGUGGUCCUGGCGAGCCGCAUGCCGGAUGGCAGCCAGCACAUCAUCGACGACUACCGUGAGGCGUACCAAUGGCUGCGACAGAACACGCACGAAGACGCCAAGAUCAUGUCCUGGUGGGACUACGGCUACCAAAUCGGCGGCAUGGCGGACCGCCCCACGCUGGUGGACAACAACACGUGGAACAAUACGCACAUUGCCACUGUGGGCAAGGCGAUGGCGUCUCGGGAGGAGGUCAGCUAUCCCAUCAUGCGGCAGCACGAGGUCGAAUAUGUCCUGGUGGUGUUUGGUGGCCUUCUUGGCUACUCUGGAGACGACAUCAACAAAUUCCUGUGGAUGGUCAGAAUUGCCGAGGGCAUCUGGCCCGACGAAGUGCAAGAGCGCAGCUUCUUCACGGCCCGUGGCGAGUAUCGGGUUGAUCAUGAGGCCACGGAUGCCAUGAAGAACAGCUUGAUGUACAAGAUGUCGUACUACAACUACAGCUCGCUCUUCCCGGCCGGAAAGGCUGCGGACCGUGUCCGGCAAGCGCGGCUUCCCGACGUGGGCCCGACUCUCGACUCGAUGGAGGAAGCGUUCACGAGCGAGAACUGGAUCAUCCGUAUCUACAAGGUCAAGGACCUUGACAACCUGGGACGUGACCAUGGGUCCGCGGCGGCGUUUGACAGGGGCCAGAAGAAGAAGAAGCCCACCAAGAAACGUGCUCGUCGUGUUCUGCGGCUUGAGUAGAUGUCAGCGGGGGGGAGGUUGAGUCCGUCCUAGGAAGGGUUGGCAUUCUCUUUGUUGCAGCUUUCACGAAGGACGAUCCGAUAGGGGACGUCUGUGUUUUAUGCUAGGUAGCUUGGGAAAAGGUUAGAUUAGGACCACAACAUGGGGUUGGCCUCUCGGUAGAUAUAAAAGGCAGAGAACGAUGGGGAAGCUGUAUGCAUAUAGUAAUGUAUUAUCUUGAGAACAGCUGUGGUGACAGCAGGGCAACAUCAAGGUGAGAAUAUUCCUGGCCUUACAAGUAAAGGUAAAUAAACAGGGAAGGAAAGUGGAUAGAUAAAUCACUGUCAUAUGGGGCUCCUUCCACUGUACAUCACGUUUCUCACUUGACUUUCCUUUUUGAGCUGUUGCCAACUCAACUUCUCAUCUUCUCAGAUUUUCAUAGAUUUUUAUCUCACCGAGCUUCACCGAGCACAUCCCCUUCCAACUAGCCAUCCAUCUUCUCCC